AUGCAAUUGCUAAAUUCACCUACAGCGGCGCUCCUCGCCACAGCCCUUCUAGGGCUCGAUCCCGCCGCUGCAGCUACAGCAUCGAGUUCCUCUGCAUCUACAUCUGCAGCUGCAUCAGCGGGAGCAUCCGCACCCACCGGCGCAACAUAUGCCUCCAACUUCGACAUCACCACAAGCUGGGGCAACCUAAGCCCCUACGCCGACAGCCCGGGCUUCGAUGUGCCAAACGGCGUCCCUCACGGCUGCGAACUAGCACAGGUGCACAUCCUCCACCGCCACGCGCAGCGCUACCCAACAUCCUCCGACCUCGACGGUCUGGGCAUGCAGAAGUUCGCGCAGAAGCUCAAGAACUACACUGCACUGCACCCGCAUAGGACAUUGGCGCGUGGGCCGCUGGCGUUUUUGAAUGACUGGGAGUAUAUGAUGGGUGAGGAUACGUUACUGGGGAGUGGUGCUGCGACGGAGGCGACGUCGGGGGCUGAUGCGUGGGGCAGGUAUGGGCGGUUGUUGUAUCGGACUGGGGCUGGGGUUGUGCGGUGGGAGGAUGGGUUGAAUGUGUACCCAAAUGGGACAAGGAGGGCGAAGCCGGUGUUUAGGACUACGUCGCAGGCGCGGAUUUUGGAGAGUGCGAGGUGGUGGUUGAGCGGCUUCUUUGGUAACUCCGGUGCCAACAGCUCAUACUCUCAGUAUGACCUCGUCGUCAUCCCCGAAGUCGAUCCAUUCAACAACACCCUCGCCUCAUACGAUUCCUGUCCCGGCGACUCUCGCGAAGGCUACCAAGGAGACACGGCCGCAGAAUCCUUCCUCCCGGCCCUUACCCACUCCGCCAUAUCCCGCCUAUCCCCUUACCUGCCGCACGACUUCCACCUAACGACCUCCGACAUCCUCGCCAUGCUCAACAUGUGCCCCUACGAAUACGCAACCUACAGCACCCACCCCUCCCCUUCCCCCUUCUGCACCCUCUUCACAGAACAAGAAUGGAAAGACUACGAAUACAUUCUCGACCUCCAAUUCUACGGCAACUACGGCUUCGGCGCUUCAACAGGUCGCGCCCAGGGCAUCGGCUACAUCCUCGAACUCGCCGCACGACUACAAUCCAAUCUCAUCACGUCCAGCGACACGAGCAUCAACUACACAUACGACAACAACGAGAAGACCUUCCCGCUAGGCCAACCCUUGUACAUGGAUAUGUCCCACGACGACAUCAUCGUCUCCGUCCUCACAGCCCUGGGCCUGGAGUACUUCAAGUACGGCCCAGCCGGCCUCCCAGCAGCGAACAUUACCCACGCCCCGGCAAACCGCACCUUCAACCUCAACAAGCUCACGCCCUUCGGCGCGCGCCUGAACACUGAGGUCUGGAGUUGUCCGUCGCCAGCUUCCAUUGGGCACUUGGAUCCCGUGCUGUAUUCGAACCCGGAUCUUUCGACUAGGAAUACGACGGAGUAUAUCCGGUUUAUGUUGAAUAAUGCGCCUGUUCCGCUUGAUGGGUUGAAGGGGUGUGAGAAGGGCGUUAAUGGGUUCUGUGCUGUAGGGGAUUUUGUGGCUGCGGUGCCGGGGUUGAAGAGGGAUGCAGAGUAUCAGUUUGCUUGUUUUGGGAAGCAUGACGCUGGGGGAAGACAGGUUGGGGAUGGGAAGCCUGAGUAA